AUGUCAGCCCCCACGAACUCGCUCCAGCAGCCGAGGGUUAGACGCAGCAAUGCGGGCUCUCCAGGCUCCUUCAACAACAGCAGCAGCUGCCGUCUGCACCCCAUCCGUGCCACCGUGCCCUACCAGCUCCUGCGUGCGGGUCAGAGCAGCCCGACGCGGGUGCAGACUCUCCACGGAGGAGCCACGAACAGCCGGGGCUCCAGUCCCCCCUCCAGCCCGACACUGAGUUCAGGAAGUGCAAAGCAAAGACUGUCCCCUGAAAAUAAGGACUCCUCCUGCCCCCCAGACUCUCCAGUCUCAAGAGGUAAAACCUUAUUCCAUCUGUUUGGCGUUACUUAAACCCAGAGAUACCGUAUCAAGGUGCAGCUGCUGACUAUUGUUAACUUACCAUCAGAAACAGGUUUACUGCCAAGUGGGUUUUUAUAUACAAGGAAUUUGUCUCUUUGCCAAAACAAGGAAUAAAAGAGUAGAAAACUGACGAACAGCAGUCAGGGAACUAGAAUAACGUCAAAAUAAAAAUACUAGGCCAAUAUAAAGAAAUUUAAGGUGUAAAAUCUGUACAGCUGAGCAUUAAUGUUUAAGAAGAUGGGUGGAAAACUGUCAAAAUGAAGUCUGGGAACAGUGUGCAAUGCAAUCAUUAAGCAUUUUUUUUGAUAAAUCAACCACUUUACAUCUGAUUUUGAUAUUAAUAUGUACAAAAAUAGGAUGUAUGUUACUUUAGUUUAGUUUCUUUGUCUCUAGAAGUCUAGAACGAGGUUGAAAUCAACCACGAUACAUUUAAUUUUAAUAUUUAUACAUGCAAAAAUAGGAUGUAUGCUACUAUAGUUUGUUUCUUUAUCUCUAGAAGAAUUGAACAAGGUUGAAAUCAACCACAAUACAUUUAAUUUUGAUAAUUAUAUGUGCAAAAAAUAGGAUGUAUGUUACUAUAGUUUAGUUUCUUUCUGUCUAGAAGUCUGGAACAAGGUUAAAAUCAGCCACUAUACACUCGAUUUUGAUAUUUAUAUGUGCAAACAAUAGGAUAUAUGUCACUAUAGUUUAGUUUCAUUAUCUCUAGAAGUCUGAAACAAGGUUGAUGCAUUUACUCAUUAGCCCAUUGCCCAAUCACAUAAUUAGGAGUACACUUGAGACCAUAAGCUGAGUCCCUUUCCAGUCAAGACCUGCAUUUUUGCUGUUUCAUGAUGGCUGUGUUUUAUCUGAUCUUUUGGGAGUAAGUAUGCGGUAACAGGUCAAACGUCAUGAAAGGGGCAUCCUGCAAAUUUAGAUCAAAGUUAGUUGAUGCAUUAAUUAUUUAACCCAUUGUUGAAUCAAAGAAUUAGGCGCUUAUAGAGGAAGUAGAGUGCACUCUUGGCUACCUUACUUCCUAUGGAGAUUUGACAGGAGAGAGGGGUAGGAGGAAAUUGGCAGAAAGACACGCUUCCAGUUGUAAAAGGAGCCACGUCAGUCCUAGUCGAAUCAGUGCUGAGCUAACGUGGUCAGAUGUUGCCUAUUCUGACCUCACUCCAUACAUACAGCACAGCCUACUCAUCAUAUUCAGACCAUAUGCUGAGCCUCAGCAUGUUGCCCUGCACAUGGCUAACAGAGGCAAGUGCUACGUCGUUUCAUGUCAAGCUCAGCUGCUCUCUGAAGGAGGACAUGAGAGCCCACGCAGACCUGAAUGUGUAUUUCUCUGGAUCUUCUUUACGUGACAGCUUCUCCUGCCAAAUAUUGACUCCAGGCCUAGUUUUUGAGACCAGCAGCAGCAGUAUCCUUCUCGAGGCUAGUGCUGCAUUUUUGACUUUUUUUUUCUCCGCGCACCUUGUGUUUUUUUGUUCAAAACACACACAAAGCCACACAUUAUCUUGCAAGUGUUUGAGGCACAUUGUGAUAAGGUUGUGUCUGAAUACAGCCUGUCUUUCCAGUAUGUGAAAACACAAAGACACUCUGCUAACCUCAGUGAGUAUUUUUGCCUCUGCAUCAGUUCCCAUGAGAAGCACUAGGUGUUCUCACCAUGACACUGUUCUGCACUUAAUGAGAUUAAGUCACACAUUGCCACACGCUACACAACUGGACCGGCGCUUCCUUUCUCGGUCACAUCUAACAGUUUCACCUUCUUACCUUUUAACCAAAAUGGCAGCCCCUCUUGUCUCGGGCGGCGUGGUGGUUAUUGUGGAGUUGUGUGUGGAAUUUUAUGCUUGUGACGUGCUUCACAUUCCUCGGGUCUUUGAAUGAGAUGACCUCCAACCUUGACCAGUGUAGCAUGCAAGGCAGGAAACGAAGUCUGUUCCACAACAACUGAGCAGGCAGACUUGCCAGGCACAGUGAAUUUCGCCCGUGUUUGGCUAGCCCUUGGUUUUGAUUUCCCACCCCAGCGGCAUGCCAGACAUACCUCAGUCCCCUGAAAGAGACUAACCUCUAACCUAGACCAGUGUCCCAUGUCAGCAACGAUGAUGGAGACUUGAACCUCCUUCAUUACUGUGACCUCUCAGUCUAAACAUGCAUGAGAGGCCUCAUGACAGCCAUGAUCAUAUCACUGUGAGCCCGGCAGCUAGGAGCAGUUGAGGGAAAAAAAAGCUGAUUGUCACACAUCCCUGUGAAAGAAAAAUAUGUGAGCAUGAAUCAGUCAUCUUUCCUCACUUCAGCCCAGCUUGAUUCAGCUAAAGUAGUAGGCUUUGCACUUUGUAAUUUCACAUUCAUUGUAGUACUUUGAACCCACUCGCCAGCAUAAUGCUUGCCAUUUGGUGAGAAAUUCAUUCCAAAGUGCCUGACAGUACCAUUACUGUUCGAGGCAGACAAAUCCACACGAGGACUGGGGCUGCAGUGGAGUUACAACAGUUCAUAUCAUAGCCUGGUGAUGAAGCAGAGAGUGGAGAGUAUUAUAUUCAGCAUCAUGUCCCUUUGCUUCACCAACAUGACAUCAUUCACUUACCACACUGUCCCAACAAUGAAAGUCCCACUCUCUGACAAAGUGCCAGCUGUGCUGAAAACGGCCUGCUUCAUUGUCACCUAUUCAAACUGCAGCGUAGGACCAAAUGUGAAAAUGACCACGUUGUGUCCAGAUCCGUUUACUCUGAUGGAUCAGUGCUGUUUGAUUAUAUUUGCAUGCACAUGGCCGACAGUGUAGCAUUAACUUUUAUGUAACGUUUGCUCAAUCCUCACUCCUCGGUUAUAAAAUAGUUCACACUUUAAGCAUAACUCCUUUAUUCAUUGACACACGCUUCAAAUAGACUAAGCUAGCUUGUGGUGGGAGGAACCCACUGGACUUGCUGAGUGAUGCUAAUAAUGCUAACACCCCAUUUCCUGACCAGCUGAGGAACAGAUGCUCUAACUCAUAAUAACAUUGAGAGAGCAUGACCCGGAUUUAAUACGAUCAUUCAUCAUUUAUAAUGUAUGAAAAACAGUCUUUGCUGAAAGCACAGACUCUAAUUCUCACAGCUAUCAAUAUGAGCUCUCUAAUGUGGGGCAUUGUUGAAAAAAGAGCUGCAUGGUGGCCCACUGCUAAGACAGACCCUCAUUACUGUAUAAUCACAACAUCGCUUGAUUUGUUAUGUGUGCAUCAUUUGCAGAAUAGAUAAUCAUACUAGCUGCAUAUGUAUGAAAUGCUCACACUGAGGAAAAUAUGCAGUAUUAGCAAGUAGUUUCACCUUUACCAGUGUUUGUAAGUGUAAUAUUAAAUAACCAGUUUGAUAUAUUAGGUAUAUAUUAUGUUUCAAAUGUAUUUUGGCCGAUACAAUCAAAAUACAGAUGCUGAUACCAGUCCAGGUACAUCAUGUGCCCCACUUUGUUGAAAGACUAGUUUUCAAGAGCGGUGAGUUCAGGAAGUUUACCUUUGGAUAGUCGCUUCUAUGUUACCCAGCUGUCCAAUCACAGGGCUAGUUGUCUGCGUUGUUCAUAGGGGUGUCCCAAUACAACCUUUUUACUUCCGAUAUGAUACCGAUAUUGUAUCCUUCAGUAUCAGCCGAUAUCGAUAUUGGCACAGACUUAAGUUUUGCACUCAGCUGCAAUGUUCUUUUUCCGGACUUUAACGAAAAAUGCUACCACACAGCCGACAUCAGUCCUACUCCUUGCUACUCUGUUUAAGUACCUUAGUACACGCUGUUGUUGUGAUCACGUGCCUCUGCUUGCUGGAUCUGCACUGCUAGCUCGAGGUGCGAGAGUGGACUCCGGAAUGGACUUUUUGUAUCAGAGUGCUGAUAUUGGAGAUUUUGGAUGCAGGCCGAUAUAAUACGGUAGUUGUUUUUUGGCUGAUAUUGGACCGAUAUCCGGCAUCAAUAUCGUACCAGGACAGCUCUAGUUGUUCUGUCGCCUAGUUGCAUUUUUGAGGAGGUUAACACCAGUAUAGUAUCUUGUGAAGGAGGUGCAGGGAGACACAAACUAUGUUGUAUAGCUCAGGGUAUAAAUCAGGCUGCUGGUAUUGUAACUUAUACAUUUAUCUCCUUGAUUUAAACAAGGAUUGUUCGCACAUUUUGCAAAGAAAUUACUAUAAAAUGGUAAACAUACAGCUGCUGUCUUGAUUAAGUACUAAAUUUGGUGCAAACACUGUUCGCUAAGCUAUGUCGCUGUGCUUCAUGAGCUGCUGCACAAACUAAGUCCCACUUCUAACUCCUGCAAGAGUUGUUUUCGUGCAUUAAAUGCUCUGUGAAAAGGAUUUUCAUAACUGACAAUCUGGGGGGAAAAUGCAGAUUGCAAAAUAACAAUAAAAGGCUGUAAUUGGUUAAUAAUGUUGGCCUACAAAUACAGUAUAAGUUGGUGUGGUUUUGGCUACAAGUGUCUACUUCUGUGCUUCAUUUCUUGCUGCUAGCUGUCAAACUGGACUGUGCCACAGCAGAAGUGUCCACAUUGUGUAUUUUAAGUCCUUAUAGUAGAGUGUUUAUUACAGUUUAUAUGCAUGUCUAUGAAGUGACACACAUCCUGGACUAAGUUUAGUGUUAUUACUGACAAAACAAUCCAUAUAUUUUUAGCUCGGGUAUAUCUGAGGCCGUGAAGAGCUUAAGCUAAAUUAUAGUGAUUUUCCUUUCAGCCUUGUGGAAAUCUACAGGAAACCCUUUUGCUACAGUUUACUGAUUCAAACCACAUGUUUGUUUUUACAUUUUCUUGUGCUUUACAGUUAAUAAACCACCCAUUUAUUCCUGGAAAGAAGAGCGAGACCUUUUAACAGUUUGCUGAAGCCCUUAAAAUUCAACCUAAAAAUCCUCAUUUUAAAUAUCACGUAAACCUUUCACCCAUCCCUGAAAUCAGCAGAUGGGACUGCUUUGAUGUCUUGGCUUCUUUCACAGUGUUUCCUUUUUUCUCAUCAGGAGAUUAUUUUAGUGGGGGAGACUAUGGAAAAUAACCACAGUCCCGGUUCUGAGAGCACUGGCUUGGCCUAUAUCAAUAUUGAUGGAAAUUUAGCCUGCUUCCUUUGUCUGCAAUGCUUCAGGGAAUUUUACUGUAGCCCAGUAAGCUUACUUAGGCAAUACCUUUGGGUGGGUAGGCUUGUGUAUUCUACGGACAAAGAACAACAAUGAAUGGCUGUGUAGUUCUGCUAGGAGAGGGGUGCCUCAUGUCGAUAGUUUAGUCUGUGUGUGUGUUCGUUUGUGUGUUCAUGUUCGAAAGGCCUCUCUUUUGGCCUACACAGAUGAGGAAAAGAGUAAAUGAGCAUGCUUCCUGACGAUCAUACUCUUCCUUUUUUCUGUCUUUUAUACGCUUAUUAUAAAGAGGCUCUCAUUUGCUGUAAGUAAUCAUACAUAAAAAGUGUAAUUGAGGCUGAAAAAUGGAGCCCGGAUUUUUCCUGCUGUCUCAUGCUAUUCUGGAGCUAAUGUCUUUUGCCGUUUUUGUUUUUCUCGCUUUCUUUUGCAUUACUGCGUGUCUCUGCAGGAAUGUUGAGUGGAUGCAGGCAGUAUUGAUGUGCAUUGUGUUGUGGUUGUUUAUGAGUUCUUAUGUGGGUGGUGUGUGCUUAACUGCUCUGGCUCACAGCAGACUGCUCUCAUAACAUCAGAUACUCCUGCUCAGUCAUUUACAUUUGCUGCAGGCCUGAGCUCUCAAGCCUGCUUUUUGCCCCUGCACUUAUACUUAGGAGAUUAUAAAACGGUGCACACUUUGAAAACAAGAGGAGAUUGCAAGGCCAGGUUUUGUCUUAUAAAAUACUGUAAAUGGCAGCAGUCGAGUGGUAAACGCCAAAGGUCGAUUUUAACUUUUAGGAUUCUUUUGCUUUAUAUUGGUGGAUGAUCUAAGCUACAAGUCAUGUGAUCAUUCUCUGAGAUAUAUUCUGUCUAGAUCAGCAGCUUCUACUCUAUCUUCUCUAAAAAGCAACUAGAGCAUGGAAACUAACUUGUUGUUACAGUUAGACUUUGAUUAUGCUGUUACUUUUUAUUUCAGCUGAAAUAUGUAAACCAUUAAAACACUUUUGCACUAAAAAUGUGGCCCCAGUUUGUGUCAGCUAAUAUGCAGCUUUAGUGCUGAAUUUUGAACCUGGUGUUAUUGACACAACCAGCAGAGUUGGCACAGUGAAUGUUAAAGAUGCCUCAGGGGGUCAGGGAUUAUUGCUCACUUGUUACUGACGCUUUCAUGGGUGUGUUUGUGUGUUCAUGUGCGCCUCAUCCUCUUUCUCUGUUCUUCUUCUUAUUCACAGCAGAAAGGUCCAAGUUACAAGUCAGGAGCUCCAGUGCCAUUCGGCGGACGUCUUCCCUCGACGCCAUCACAGGUCCGUACCUCACCGGCCAGUGGCCUCGGGACGUCCAUGGACCCUAUCCUUCCUGUAUGAAAGACAAAGCCACACAGGUAUGAAAACACUGUCGUGGCUGUAGGCCCGGAGUAAGGCUGUCCUAGCACACUGGUAUUAACUGUAACCAUCUUAAUUAAAAUAUUAAAUACUGAGGAGAGAUGAAGAAGCAGCAGACUGUCUGUGAACUGACUUGAAGAAACUUUCCAAGAGAUGAGUUGACUGUUUUAAAAAGUGAAAUUUCUGAAUUUUUGUCAAUCAUGUUCAAUGUUCAGGUCACUAAUCCCAACUUUCUAACCUUCCUGUCACUGUUUUCAUUUAGUUCUGUAACUUUCAAUCUACCAGAGGUAGCUUAUACUUAAAAAUAAAAGCAGUUUUACUAUGUAGGAAACAAGGCAACCUAAAUCCAAGACCAAAAAUAUCAAAAUAAAAGCAUGACAGUCAUCUGUGAGGUGAUGUCUCCGCUGAAGAAGUCUCAGUCACACAGCUGGUGAUGUGGAUAAAUCAUGAAUUUGAACAUAAUUUCAACACAAUAUGUAAGUUAGCUGUGUUUUAAUAGCAACAUUUAUGGACCUAAUCCUACAUUGGCAAAGCUAUGGGAGGUAAAUGAGGAAAUUUGUGGUACAGCACAAAAAUACAAACAUAUAAAACACAUCAAACAAAAACAAGAAUCCCAAAACAAUCCAGAGCUGCUGUUAUCAGUGUCCUCACAGAAUGUGCAGCAUUUCAAAUACAUGUCAAUAACUACAAACCAACAACUGUAAUAUUAAAAGAAAGCAAUGAGUGUAAUUCACAUUCACUUAUAUCCAAAUGAACAAAUCUCCAGCCCACUUUUCUCCACAUGUCCAGUCUGGUCUUUUCUAUGCAGCCAUUUUUAAAUAUAUAUUAAGGUUAAUUAAGGUCAAAAUGCAACAGCCCUGUCUCUUUCAAACCUUCAUUCUUAAAUGAUUUCAGCUCAUGAGACUUUGCUGUAAUUUUAGGAUGAAACCAGUUGAAGGUGCAAAUCAGAGUGGUAGGAAAUCCAAAUCACUUUGUUUUGUCACUUAAUUAUCGAUUAUAAACCUGGGAAUACAAGCUAAAAGGUUGUUGAAAAGUCCAAAAUAAUGUGUCUGUGCUAACUUAGCUAAGAAAUAUAUUCAUUGUUUUACUGGUUAUAUAACGAUGUAUACCAGACUAGUGUUUCCAUGAUUAUUUCCAGACCCUACUUGUUGCAUUUUUAAAAAAAGGACCAACCUGCCCCCCCUUCAAAAACUUGUUUUACACACCGACUAACCUGAAAACUAAACUACUGUGUGGAGUAAAACUGCUCCUCUAAAACUGUACGAACAAGGUUUUAUUUUUGCUGAUCCAAGCCUGAGAAGAGCUGCACACUCUGUCUGUGUAAACAUUAUUUUGGUCUGAAUUUCCAAGAAACUAGGAGACACCGACAACUCUCUCUCUUCUUUUCUCUGGACUGUUGUGAUAGUCAUGUGAAUUUUCACUAUCAUGAUUUUGACAGCAUUGUGACACGAUACAUAUCAUGUUAACUGGAUGAAGCUAAAAGUGUCUGGUUCCUAGAAUUGAACUUGGCGGUGUGGGGGUCUUGAUAACACUAAUCUUCAGAGGCAUGAGGUCCCUGGAGGUUUUUUCCUGGAGGUUCACAGCACAUGACUGAAUCAAGCAGAGUUAAAAAGAAAUGAGAGCACCCAAAAAAAUUCUCGGCCAAUGAGAGGAGGGGAAACGCUGCACAACAAAAACAAGACAUUUAAUCUUCUUUUUCUCCAAAUUUGAUGGUGAGACCAGGUGUCCGAACUGUCAGGUAUCAACCAUCACGUUGUAUCUGUUGUCGGGUGGUCGUUUCCUGAAGCAUGCUGCAACAUCAGGUGACUAUUUUAAAGUUUUCAUGACUUAUAAAUCAUGCACAAAGGAGAGAGCGCUGCACAAUCAUCACGAGCUGGAAUGAAGUGAAACAAUGAGACCCACAUUGAGUUCAAAAUAGUUUUGAAGUUUGACAAAUCAAAAAACGCCUCCAGGAUCUCGUAGUAUUUCAAAACAUUUUAAUGCAUGGGUGUCUCUGGUGAAAGCCCAAUUUUAGCACCCACUUACCUUUUCAUAGCAGCUUGUGGUGGUGAGUAAUUAACUAAUUGUUGGUUUCUGUCUUAGUCGCUGGUGAAAAGGACACAUUUACGAGCUGUGGCCAAAGACUUUUAUAGUAAUCUGGUGGCUGUCGGUGGAAUCUGCUGCCAAUAAAGUCCUCGUCGACUGUUCAGAUAUCCUCCCACCCCACUUCAUCAGACCUACAGUAUGUAUGGUGUUCGCAUCCAGCCAAGAUAGCAGUCACGCGAACAGCCACAGGGUUUAUCUCUGUGUUCAGUUUUGGGUUUGGCUUGCGUUUGCAUUUUAAAGGAAUAUUAACUAUGUGUGAUCAUGACGAGGGCCUUCCCUCUUUGCCUACAGAAGCCUUUCAUGUCCCUGAAUUGGGACCGCCAAGCUUCAUUUACAUGGGCUCCAUCCUUUAACCCCUCAUUUGCCUGGUGUUUCUUUUGUGUGUAGACUGAGGAAGUGGUGGGAGGGCCUCGCUGGGAUUCUUCAAGUGGCUGUAUGCAGAGUAAACACCUCUAAUUGCAGGGUUCCUGUGCAGCCCUGGAAAGUUAGAAGGAAUAUGGAAAAUCAAUUUUGAUAAUAAUCAGGUCUUGAAGAAUGUCAAUGCGAUAAAUGUCUGGGCACGUAUACACUGUAUGUUUUAGACGGACUGUGUUUUGGCUCUUUGUGAUAUGUAGCGACAUGGCCUCUGCUCACUGUACUCUCCAGACGUUGUAAGUGAAGUUCUGAUUGAAGGCAGACCAAAAUGAAAACCCAGUGGGGAGAUUUGUGUCUGUCAGCGCUGUGGAAAUAUGAGAUGGAAAACAUUUAGCUGUGUUGUAAUGAUGUGGGAGAGUGACACACUUGACAGUCCUUGAGCGAUUAAAAGCACAAACUCCCCCAAGGAUAGCCAGAGACCACUUCCUGUUAACAAGCGCUGCCUGGGCCUCGCUCUUUUUGUAAGACAACAACAGCAGAGAGCAGCAGACAAAAGGUCCCUGGCCUCUUUUGUUGUGCUUUGCACAAGUUCAAGACGGCCUCUCCUUUGAGCUGUAAUGUAGCCUCACAUGGAGGUGAAGUUGUUUGCACCUGUCCCCCAGGCUAAGGCUGAGGCGGGGAGAAAUCCCACUGCUUACCACCUGGCCCUCGUGGAUGCAUGGCCCGCCUGCCUUUUGUGUGGGAGUUGAGGAGCAGAGGGUCCAUACAUAUGCUAAUGGCUGUUCCGGGAUAGGUCUGCAUGCCCUAGGCCUUGUGGUUACAGAGCACAGAGAACGUCUGUAUGAAGAUUAGGGCUCUGACACACCAGGCCGACCUCAAAGAACGAGCACCGACAAAGGCAGUCUGAUCAAACAGUUGGUGUUGCCUCAUGUCUUUCCAUGAAAGUUGCAUGUGAACACGACAUGAGGACUAAAGCCCAGAGGAAAGCUGACCGCUGUACAUUAAUUGGAGGUUCUGCAUCUGCGUCAAGGACAGAGGAAAUAACUAAUCAGGCUGCUAUUGUGAUCUGAAAACAACAGCUACACACACAUUUCAACUAGACGGCUGACCUUUUAAGUCUCCUCAGAGAUUAUUAAUCCAUCACAGAGUUGUCCAGGAAUAUAAAUAAUCUGUGAAACAUUUACUGUAAUUUUUGACUUCCCUUUGGAAGCAGUUGCAAAAUAAACUGCUGUUGCUAAACAACAGUUGCCCAAAAUUUCUUAAUGACAGCUUUCUGCUGCCAGACAUCUUAUUUAUGGUUUUGUAUGUUACAGUCGUUUGGUAGAAAAUUCACAAUUAAUGAUAGUUUAGUGCUUUAUUGUAAGCUACAUGUGCCAACCGUUUACUGUUAAUGUUUAAUGGAAUGAUUUGUAUGCUGCAGAUGACGGGUCAUUCAAAUUAAUUGGACAUGGACUGAGCUUCACACCACAAAUCGGCGAAAUGAUGAGAUGAAUUUGCCACCUUGCCCUGAAGUUUAUUAAUAGCAGUUAUAAGAAUAUUAUUCAAGAGAGGAAAUGAUGCUGAUGUUGCAACAGUCUAAGCUGUGUUUGCAGAGCUGGUGUUUUGUUGUUUUAAAGUUUAAUUCAAGCUGCUUCAAUCAACUAGUGAAGAGUCCAAGUCCAACUGCGUGGAGCAGGGUUUUCAAAAUUGCUCUAAAAUGACGUUUGAAUAUUCGUUCUAAAAAUAACAAAUAGGUUCAAAAUAAGAAUUUCCUAACAGAGCUUCUAAAGUUCGUUGGAGUCCAGACCACUUUCUCGGAGUUUGGCUCUGAACAUCCUGCCUUCUCUCUCUGCAUGUGCCACGGACGGUUUUUGUCGAGUCUCACUGCAGGUGCAGCUCCUCUGACUUGUCCCUGACUUGUCGUUACGGUGCGCUCACUCGCAAAGCAGCCACCAUUUUUGUUUUUUCCACUCAAUUUUUUUACGGCUGUUUUAAAAUAUUCAAAUAUCGAUUUUCACAUUUGAAUCUAAUUUUUUUAAAUAUUCAAACAUAUAUUUGAAUUUAGAAAAUUCGUUGACAGCCCUAGUGUGUAGUAAAACUUUUAAUUGAACCAAAAUUUCAUCAUUUCGAUGUAAAGACGGAAAUAUUGUAAUAUUUAAUCGCUUUUUUUUUUUGCUUUAAAAUGAAACCGUGCAGUGCUUUUUAGGUGAAGGGAAGAAACGGGUGCUGUAUAAUGACAACAGGUUGUAUUUUUCAAGUGUAUCUGACGGUAUGUGAGUAAGGUCUGAAGGGAGAAGGAACAUAAAUGCCAUCUCAGAGAUAUUCAUCCACUUUCUGGAAUGCUCUGUACGUUUUCAGACCUGGGCACGAUAACAGACAGUCAACCGUCCAAUCACAAUGCGUGUUAUCCUCAUCUCUAAAUGAUAGCAGUGGCACUCCACUCGCAUGUCUCGGCGUGCAAUCCAAACAAACCCCCACGAAUUCCACUGCAACUCUCUAUUGAAGCCCAGUCAUUAUUUCCUGCUUUGGAACGGAGCUGGAUUCUUGAGGAUGUUGUCUGCGUGUAACCCUUUUGGGUGGGAAUCAUAAUGGGAAGCAAGCUGCAGGCCCGUUUUAUCUUCACAGCGUUACAUUAUCAGGAGCAACACCUGGCACACUAGUCUGAAAAGCACACAGCUCGGGCCGGAAGUUCAAGAGCUAGCGUGAUAAAAGGGCCUCUGAGGUAAAUAAAGGUGGGUGUUCUUGUUUACAGACGAUUUGUUUUAGGGGCGACAGAGUCAAUCAAGAAAGGUAGCCUGCAGUAUUUUUAACUGUCUUGUCUCGCUGCGGAUACCUGAGGGAGACGGUGUGUUUAAUUACAAACGGAGUGAGCGUCCACAGGUGACACCUUUUACAGUAGAAAGUCCCUUUUUUCUGUGUGUGGAAAUAAUUUACAGAUUACUAAAUAUUUUUUGAUGUUGCUCUGGUUGGAGCUUAGUGUCUGUCUACACACAAACUACCUCCUUUUUUUAAUAGUUGCUGCUGUUUAUGUUGCAGUAAGUCGAAUAAGUCCAAUAAGCCCUUUUAUUCACAUGAAAAGGAGGAGUUUUGAUUUAGGACGAAGAAAAUUAUCAGUUGUAAAUAACUUAGUUGAAGGGUUUCUAAAAUUUAGCACCACUUUAUUGUGAAGGGGAGACAGCUCAUGGUUUCCUGGAACACUUUUUCUAGCGUCCACAGGUGACACCUGCGACCUGCUGACACCUUUUAAAGUAGAAAGUCCCUUUUUUGUGUGUGUGUGUAAAUAAUUUACAGAUUAAUAAAUAUUUCUAAAUGUUACUCAGGCUGAAGGCUGAACUGUUGCUGAUGUCCUCCGUGUCUGUCUACACAGUAACUACCUCCUUUUCUGAUAGUUGCUGCUGUUUAUGUUGCAGUAAGUAGAUGUAUUAGCCCUUUUAUUUACAUGAAAAGGAGGAGUUUUGAUUUAGGGCACAGAAAAUUAUCAGUUGUAAAUAACUUAGUAGAACGUUUUUUAUCUUUAGCACCACUUUAUAGUGAAAAAGAGACAGCUCAUGGUUUCCUGGAACACCGUCGUGUUUUCUUUUUGCCUCUCAAAGUUGAAAUAUUGUGCUUUCCAUUUUCCACCGCAGGUUGUAGAAACCUUGUGCAUAUCACUUCCUGCCAAAUAAAAGAGUUUCACAUUUCACUGAGUUACAAGUCGUGAGCAGCAUGGCCUACUUGACGUCAUAGAACAUCUGUGAGAACUUAGUUUUUCCUCAGCAGCUAAGUCCACAGCUCCACAAAGCCUCUCUGCCCUUUUUAGAGGAAACUGCAUUUCUGUAUGAAGAGAUUAGGCUGCAGCAUUCAUGCCCUCAAUGUCUGGCAGAGGCAUCAAACAUCACAAGCCAGUCCGUAGGCCAUGCACAAAAUGUUAAUGCUAAAAGCUAGCUACACAUCUGCCGUCCAGUGUGGCCAAGCACAGUGGUCCCUUUUAUAAGAGCACAAGCACCCAUUUAAUGCGCUGUCCUUUUCUAGGGGGGAAACCAGCGCCAGCAAUCCCCGCAAAUGUCUUCACGGGUGUUCCUCAUUAUUCACAGUGUGAUAUUCCAUAUCAUAGGGCGAGGUUUGUGCGUUAGCCGGAGAGCCAUAGAGGUUUUUCUGUUUGUGUGGGGUCAGGCAUAAGGCAGAGUGUGGACACUGACAUUUAAGAUGUUUCGUACCACUGUGCUGACCAUUAAACGUCAGAUGUUUGAGGAUUUGUUUGAGAACCAGAGGCACUGUUGAUACGCAUAAUCAGGGGGAAGUAUGUGGUUUCAGACGCCCCUCUGAAACAUCCUCAGUCUGUUUCUGUUUUUGCAUAUAUUUACAUAUCUUAACCAUUUCCUGGUCGAUGCAGCGGAGCUCGAAAAGACGUGCUCAGUGAGACAGGAUGGCCUCUAUGCUCUCUGGCAGGGAGUGUUUUGUAUUUCAGAUGUUUUCUCACUGGAGUACUAACAACAUCAAAUCUCUGUAGACUCAUUGACCUGCUAUAGACCCAGUAUUGUGCUGAGCGUAUUACAUCAAACCACUGUAGUAUACAUAAGCAAAACUGGGUGACCGGGCUGUGGGAAACAGCUGCUAGUUUAAACCUUAUAAAUGUCACCUGAGGCUGACGAGGAUGUCUUCUUGGCAGGUAACCAUAUAUUAUAUCUGGUAGCUCUGUAAUUAUUUCCUCAAACUAUGUUUGACUUGGUAGAAGGGCGGUUGGUUUAGGAAUGUACCCAUCUGAUAAGCUUGAAAACAACAACAAAAAAAAAGAGUUUCAAGUCCUGCCAGACAUUUAUUUGUCUUAACUAGACUCACUAAUGGAAGCAAUCAAACAUGCUCUGAGUUUUUAUUCUUCUCUUGUAUGUAGUUUUUUUCCUCAGGGAUGGUUUCUCAUGACUGUUUUCCUCAUUUUUCAUCGAUUCCAGAUUUUCGGCUUUACUUUUUAAGCACAAGGCACUAAUUACAGCUUUCCACCCCAUCUGUCUCAGCUGCCUCUUCAAACAGGGGUGUAGCGGUUGAAGAGAACUUGUGAUAUGGCUCUCAGUUUUGAAGCCUGGGUUGGAGACAUUUUUGGUAAAGGAAGAGAAACAAAAGGAACACAUGAGAUUUCUUCUCCUAAAUUAAGAACUCAAUGGACUCUUACUCAUUUGUUAAAGUCAGCAUGGAAAGUUGAGGGUUGUAGGUCUGCUCAGAUACCUUUUUGUACAUGAAACAAUUGAAGAAGUUGAAGUUUUUACAGGAUUUAGGUGUUGCUGCAGCUUCUUUCUCCUGCUGUCUGCAUGUCAGAGCUUUGCAAAGUUGGGCUGACACUCAUAAACCCACACAUAGGAAGGUCACAACUGCAUUGAAUGCCAGCUACUCUGCAGCAAAUUUCUCCCAGGGAACAAUAAGGUUGAAGUUGAAAUUGCUACUUCUGGGGUUGGGACUUUCUGAUUAGGCUACCAAUGAAAGGUCCAUUAUGGUUUAGUUUCUCGGGACGCAGCAGAGGCUUGAUUCCCCAAGACAUGAUGUGUGUUACUCUCAGAAAAUGAGUGGAUCCUCUGCUUAUUCCACCGAUAAAUGUCCUGCUAACUUACAGGCACCUUGCUCUCCAGUCUGGUGAUCUUGGAUCUGAAUUCUCUUUUGCUCUGCACGUAUUUGGAUCGUUACACAUCUGCACCAAAUCAAAAAUACUAACUACUGAAACCUUUACACCCCUAUCUCCAAAUAUUUUACUACUCAGAAACUGAGUUUAUGUUUUCAUCCAGAUUGUCUGAACAUGAGUUAGCUGAAGGAUUUAGCAGCAGCUUUAUCAGAAGUUCACAUGAGUUUUCAGGAGAGGUAUUUGUCGAAGUUUUUUGACUGUAUUUGCUUAAAAUUUCAGUAUGUAUAUUUGGUCACUUGAAGGUUAAACGCAUGGUCAUAAACAGUGUAUCAGUGUCAUGUGGAUACCUUUUUUAUUUCUAACAUAAUUUGAUAAACAAAUGUUGAACAACACUCGACAAGCUCAUGUUUAACUUUAAAACUCCUGUGACCUUUCAGUUAUCUGAUCUGCUGCUAUCAGGCAACCACACUGCACAAAAAAAUCCCACAUACUAUAGACCGCUUAAUUUUAUUCUAUAAUGACGCUGUAUUUCAAAUUUUUGCAUUUAUGAAAAUUCUGAUUCGUGUUUAUCUCAGUGAGGCUGCAGAAGGUCGAACCGCUUUCCUUGCCAGAGUAUCAUGUGUCACGUUUGGAGGAUUUAUCAGUAGCAGGUGUUGUGUCUCAGUAAGCCGUCUAACGUCCGUUUCUGUUUUGCAUGUAUCUCUGUGUUUCAGACUCCAGGUCUCUGGAUUGAUGAGGGAGCAGAACAGGGAAGUCCUCACCAGCGGUCAGCCUCCUGGGGAAGCGCAGACCACCUCAAAGAGGUAAAUUCACACGCCUUUACUCGGUUCCUUAAAGUCACAGCAGAUUCUGAAACAGAAAACCCUGCAGGGCGUUGGUGAACACAGGAAGUCUGUCACUGUUGGGUUAAAUAAGUAUGAUGUGAGUAAGUUAGAGUAUUGUUGGAGGAUACAGAAAAUGACAUUAGGUUUAGCUCAGAGAUAUUAACUGAACAGGUCCUCUUUGCUUUCUGCGGGGCUUAAAUCUAACCUAAUUACGCUAAACGUCCUCCGACUGAGAAAGCGUUGGUUUAUUGGCCACAAAUAAUCAUAAACUGCCUUUUAAAAGGAGUGAAUGUUUACUUUUGGCAAGGCUCUGUUGAUUUAACAAUAUCUUAAAUUAAUGGAGCAAAGACAGCAUAUAGUAAAUGUGCCCUGAAUCUACAAAGAACUUUAAACUAAACAAACAGAAACUGUAAUCUAAAAGAGAGUUAAUAUAUCUUUAUGUUAUCGAGUCAAUCAUCUCACAUCACAGUGUUUACCUUGGCAGACGCUGCAGAUGGCAGGUGACUCGGUUCUGCUUUUUAUGUCAGCGAGAUUUAUUGUGCAGUGAGAAACAUGCAUCGAGGCAGAAAGAGUUUGUACUCGCACCUGCUGAGAGAUUAUUGCAGAAUAUAAGGAAGAGAAACCAAUAUCAGUGAUGUGAUCAAUUUGAAAUAUUCACAGAUAUAUCUGCAGACUCUUUUGUCUUGUUGGAGGAUAAUUAACCAAGGUGUUGCAGAUAAUUUCUAAUAUUUAGUUUAUUUUUUUCAGUUAUACUUUGAUUGGGGGUGUAAGACAGUAUUGAUACCGUUUAUUAAUGCAGGAUCUUUUCUAACACUGUAUUGAUCUUCAGGACCAGAAGAUUGAUUUUUGAUUAAUAGUUUAAAUGCAAAGAUUUUAUAUUUGUAAUGAAGAGGGAGAAACUGGACAACGUCACACGUUGAUAAAAAUUUAAAAUGCAAAAUUCAACAUUUUUUAUUGCCUGAUGCUUGGGCUGCACAGUCAAUCACAAUUUUCUAAUUUUCUAAUGCUUGCUCUGUGCAGAUUGUAGAAGUCAAAUAUGUUGAUGUGAUACCAUAAAAUUAGUUGCAGUUCACUUUGUAUGCCUUGCUGCUGUCAGGUUAUCUGGGGGUUCAGGAAUAAAGGUAACCAAGUCACUGUUGUGGGCAAGUGAUUAAUCCGGAAGGGCAAAAGGUUUUUGACCGCUGUGGCGCUAAAUGCCCGUGUAUUUCUCUGUUCAGUGUUGCGCGAUAUCAAUUGCAAAAUGGAUUUUGGUAAUGUUCAUCACAAUAAAUUUUUGUUUGCUGCAUCUGAGGAACAGAGUCCGGACUUUCACUGAUCAUCAAAAAGUCACGGUCGUUUAAGAAACCUGUAGUGCAGCUUGUCAACCAGGUUACUCUGGGUCAAGCAUCAACUCAGCUCCUACACAUAUAGUUUUUCAAGGAUUACAUUAUCCUGUUAAAUUCAUAUUAUAGACUCUGAGCGAUUCUUUUCUUAGUCACAUGACAGCAAUAGUCACAUGUCCCUACAGUUGUCCUACCCAGGCAGACGCACUCACACAUACACUCUGUACCUCUCUGUGGCUCCUGCCUCUCCACGCCUCGUCAUUUUUCUUCACCUGUAUGUGUGUGCGCUCUGAUGACAGUAGUCAUCGGCACUGACCCAAAUAGCACUACUUGAGCAAUGGCAAGUUUUACUGGUGGUUCCAUUUUGACAACAGGUGAUCCGUGUGUUGACAGGACUCGUUGUUAAUGACGUUGCGUGUCCAAAAAAGCAGAGUGCAAAGAAACAGCUGCAGCAAAGCAGGCUGGGAGUAUGAGGGUCAGGUUAGGGUCUUAGGGCAGAGGGACAGAGAGAGCACAGGGAGCACAGUGCUGUCUGACUGUUUUAUAAAUUAGAGCCAAAAAAGGCCAAAGUAGAUAUUCUGUGUCAGUCCAACCAUGGCAGUGGAUGAAAUGUAGGACUUAAACUUCAGUUUGUAUCACCUUGUACUUUAAUUUUUGUCAUUUUGAGUCUCAUUCCGUCCAUGUAAAGUCUGUUUUAUUUGUCAGGGUCUGAGGUCAGCCUAAAUAUUAUACUUCUUAAGGUCGGUUUCCACUCCGGUCUAUCUUCUGGGCUUGGUGGCCAACCAGCCGACCACACGGAGCUAUUAGGUCUCCAAACUGUCCAAGCCUGGUCUAAAUUUAACCUCAUUCCCCUCUCUGUUUCCCACUCAGCCGCACACUUACAUCUCAUUAUGGCCUGUUGUUUUUGAGACGCCACGGUGCAGGAGCUCCUCUGGAGGGUGAAACUGCCAUAUUGUUUCCUCUUUUGCUGAACUGAUUCAUGAAGGCUCGUCUUACUCUAAGAGCCUCACAACACAAUGGUUUCAUAUUUUUCUGUUAUGGCAACAAGCUCUGCGUGCCAACAAUACAAAGUUCCAAAAUAAUAACAGCAAUCAGAUGUUUUGUUCUUGGUUUUUAUUGACCUGAAAAGACUGUAAUUAAGAGAAUUUCUGAACAGUCACACAGGAGUACAUUCAGCGAUCAAAAACGUCUUCAACCAGAUGUUAAUACUGGAACACAGAAUAACACAUUUCACAGGUAUAGAGAGCCAGGGCUGAUUUGUUGAGGUUUGUUUUCACUUACUUUCUGUUCAGUUUAGUUUAUUUUGAUUUUAUUUGUUUAGUCCAAGAGAUUCCCAGAGAGCUAAUCCUUUGUAAUUGUACUCAGGAGCCUUCAAAUCAAGUGUGUAAAUCAGAAUAUUAAAGCUCCUGUGAGGAGUUUUUGAUUGAUUAUGACACAGACUGAAAUGAACAGUGAGAGAUUGACAAGAUUGACAAUUUCUGUGUUGUGAUGUCUGUAACUCCUGAAGUCACCAAAAUCCAAUGAAUCAUGAGGUUAAAGUUAAAUUAUAGUUUGCAGGAUUUGACACCUUUCAUGAGCAAAUUCAGCCAGAAGAGCUGCAGAAAGAAAAAACAAACACAGGUUCUUAGCAUCUAAACUUAAUCAAAUUUUAUUUAUAGUCAAGUUUAAAAUCAUGCACCGUACCUUAUCCUGCCAAACAAUACUCUCCUCUCAACUCUCUUUUACAUAACCGCAAAGCUUUAGCUGGAAAUCAGUAUCCCUGCAAAGCAAGAAGUCCUUGUCUUUCUUUAUCACCCUCUGAGAUUACAUGGGGACAUUGCCUGGACAUGUCUGUAUAGACAGACCGCUGUGGUGGCUUUCUCAAUGAACUUAAGGAACUGCUUCUCACCCCUCUUGACCUCUGCAAUUCCAUGUGUGGGAGGAAAUCCACGAAAAAGAGCAAGUCUUUCUGUUGACUGUGUUGCCAGGAUUACAAGAUCAGCAGUGAAGACCACACCUUUGUCUGCAUAGUACAACUGCGUCUGUUUGGCUCACAAAGGGUAUCCUGUUUUUUAGGCAGAUACUGGGCCACAUGCAGAAACACCCGUUGACCUAACUCGUUUCAUCACCGGACAUGCACGGCUGAUUAACUACUACUAUUGGCUCAACUUAAGUCCUAAUGGGUUCACACAGCGGUGCAGAUUUCUGUGGUUAACCUUAAUAGAGUCAAAGUCUGCCAGUCAUAUUCUGAACUAUGCUUAAAAAUAGAGAACAAGCACAGAGACUUUCUUAUUAGUGAAGGUUGUUACUGUUCCCCAAGUGACUGCAAAUAAGGGAAGAGUUUCACAGACGGAAAAACAAACAUGAAAUGAUUUGCAACCAGUCAACAACUUUUUAAAUAAGUUUCUCUCCAUGCCAACAGUUCAAUACAUCCAGUAUCUCUAAUCUGCUCAUCUCUUUUAGACUGCUAUUUCUGGAAUCUAUGUUGUGCCUAAAACUGUAAACAUCGAAAAUUGACUGUAGAUACAGAGAUAUAUCACUUAACUUUAACCCUUGACCAGCAUUAACUAAAGAAUUGAUUAAAAAGAAAAGUGUUGUUGAAUCAGAACUGAAAACCUCCCUCCCUUCCUGACAUUUCCAACUGCAGUAGCAGCAGCAGCCCUCUGUAUGUGGCAGCUGUCAGGUGUUCGUGCCAUUUUCUCUCUCACACUGAAGCUGUAAUCUUGUCAUUUUCUAGCCUCAUUCUUUCUCUGGAGGUACAAGUUGUAAUUCACGUUGACAUAGCUGCUGUCAUCAGAGCUUCUUUUCUGAGCUGUCCUUGUUGAAGUGAGGUUACUUCUCUUCCAGCAGAUUGCUAAACUGAGACUGCAGCUGCAGCGCAGCAAACAGGUCAGCCGGCAGAGCAAAGACAGGGAGCAGAGCUCACUGCAGCUGUCCCAACAGGCGCAGCAUGGCGUUGCAUGCCAACCACAGGUGAGUUAUUCAUGCCAACUGAGUCACCACCGUGCUCUUUAAACUGAAAACAUUAACCAACCCUGACUUUGGUGAUGCAAGAUUUUAACCUGUGAGCAAUGAUAUGAUAAGGUAGCUUAGUAGCCGCAGAAAAAACAUACAAAUGAAACAGACUGCUAUCAAACCAUGUGGAGAUAAGACCACGACACCUAAAGUCUGUCAGGGCGGAGGAAUGUGGAUUUUAUUCUUUACUAGAGUGACGGUAUCAAAUAUAUUAUAUGUUUAAGACAUUAACAAGCUAUAAGUUAUCAGCACACCAUGUGAGUUGUAGGUACACUGCUUAAAUGUCUUUUUAUUCCUAUAUUGUGCUGGUUAUUCAUUAUUCUGGGCUUGUUUAUAAGAUGUUUCGAGCCACAUUGACAGAGAAGAUUUGGUUAUUGAGUCUCAACUCUGACCAGUUAUGUAAACGGGAGGUGAGGAGACUGGGAUGUGUCUGGGCAUGCCCCUUUCUCUCCUUGUUUGCAGUUCAUUCAUUAAACAAAUGCCCAGCAACACCAUACACAUCAACCACUGUGGGAAGAUGACAUAUACAGUGAUAUGCUACUCCACAUACCAGCCUGUGCUAGAUCACAAUCAGAGAGUGUUUUUGUUCCCCUGUGACAUUUAAUCCCACUUCUCUAACAUGUAUUUAAAAUGAAGGCCUCCACCCAUUUAAAUCUUAUGAAACUGGAUCAGCCACAGCUCAGCACAGCAAGAAGAGAAUAAAACAUAUGCAGCGUUGUGUUUUUCACGGCCUGCUUGACCCACUUUUCUUUUUGUUCAUUUAAUCUAAAAUACAUUUUUGUGUGUGUAAUAUUUUUUUACAGUACAAGGGAACUUCGUCAGCUUUGUCGGCGAUCCCGGUGCCAAAGUCUCUCAUAUGCAGAGUGCCGAGCAGCGUGGAGGGCAUCAACCACGAGCUGGAAAAUGUGUUUAUCAAAGAGGACUGGGAGCAGGUGAUACAGGUAGGGAUGUGUUUCAUAACACCGGGAACAGAUCAAGCAGAGUCAGGGGACUGUUUAAAACUUCUGAGACUGAUGGAUCAUCAUAGUCAGAGUUUACUUACUCAGUGGCACAGCUUUGGGGAUAAGGACAAAAAAACUAUUUUUUUUUUCACACUAAACUCAGAACUUCCCUAAAAAAAUACCAAAAAUGAUCAAUAGAUGAAUCAUAUUUUAGGCCCUGGGUGAUGAAAUAUUUGAUAAAAAAAUACACUGUCCAACUCAUGUAAUGCUGCAAGGUUUGGUAGGACCAUAUGUCUGCUUUAGUGGAAUAAAACAGCGCCCCCUCCAGGGCUCGAUAGUGUGACCGUUUUACACAUGUGCGAGUCAAAAUUGAUGUGUGCAAAUUGUAAAAUGUAUUUAGGGGCACAUGUGCGCAUAAAAAAAAUCAGCUGAGGCCACAAAUGUUUUUUCCUGUAAAUAUCGCGCUGCAGUUAGUUUUAGGUCGGAUAUUCAACGGACAUUCACGGAGGAUCUACCGGUGUCUUCUAACUCUCCAUAACCAGGAAUAGCAACAGCAGUGUGGUUAAAUCUACUCGGCACCCUCGCUGUCAACAUCAGGUGUUGAAUAAGGGACCGUCAAUAAAUUACCUGUUGAUGUUCUCAGAAAAGGCUGUUUUCCUUCAAUAGCUUCCAUGUCAUGUGACCAAUUGACCUAAAAUUGAUUUCAAAUAAUAGUACUUAUUGUCGACCAAUAAGGCACACAUUAUUUGAUCAAUUUUCAUUGUGCCCCUAAAGUUCUUUGUGUGCUCCUUACUUUUACUUACACAUGUGCUCCUUGUGAAAAAAGUUAGUGUCAAGCCCUGCCCUCUAACAUUUUCAUGUUGUACAGUUUUACAGACGAGGCAGGACAAUUUAAGCAGAAUACAAGGAGUCAGCAAUAUUAAGCAUGUGGAUCUUUGGUUGCCUCAGUAAAAGCUGCCCACUAGGUCCUCUCCUUGUCAUAUGUGAUGCCAUUGGAAGUGAUCACGCUAACGUCAGCUACUUUUGAGCAGGUGUUGCAGCGGUCUUGUGCAUCUCCUCGUGAGACACAUUUCCUCCUCUUGGCUGCACGCCUCUGUUGAAGAUGUUGAAAUGAACUGGGCGUGCUGCUGCAAAAGCCUUUAAACAAACUUUGGCACAGACUGAAGUUUGUCUGGGGUCUGAUGCUGCAAAAACUGAACCAGUUCCAACUGACUGAAGAGACUGCACCUGUAGAUUUUCAUAUUUAAAAAUCUAAACCUAAAUGACAACUACAGACUAAUAAAUUUAUCACUUUCCACUAAAACUUGUACUGACUACUUAUAAGAGUAAGAGUCCAUCUGUUUAAAAAGAUCUACAAACUUUAAAACUUUACAAUAAUCUGAUUAACCUUUUGGCAUAUUUGUACAGCUUGAUGAUGAUGUCUGACUCAUUUCAGCAGAUCUGUGUCCAGUGUGGGCAUUUACCGUGUGUGACAUGAUCGCUCACUGUGAUAACGCUGCUAAGUCAUAACAGGAGGUUUUCUCUUUCCUCCAUUCUGCCGACGAAAACCACAAUCUGUGAUCGGAGUGUACAAAUAUUUAACACCAAAAACCAUGUCUGGGUGUUGCCAGCGCUCUUCAAUCAAUAGACCAUACUGUAAUACAUACAGGCAGUGUGUGACGCACAGCAAACACCCACACCCAGACACCUUCUCCAGAGAAGCUGCAUUUUUCAAGUUCUUUAGCUGAAAUUCUCCGACCCUGUAAUUUUCUGCAUCUGCCAACGACGAGACUUGACAUUUGAUUUAAUUCCUAAACACUUAAUGGUUUAAUGAAAUCCAAACAGGAAUAAUCUAGUGAUAAUGUGUGCGAGUUAAAAGAAGAGGAACAGGCUUACAUGUGUAAUUUUUGAUUUAUCUUUCGGUUCAACUUCAUACACGUGAACACGCCUCAGGUAGAGAGCAGCAGCUCUGCAGGCUGUGAUUUAGAUUUAUUACAUGCACACAAACCCGCUCUUGUAAAGUCACUUACAGUAUUGUGUGCUCCACAGUUGGACAGCAUAUAUUCUCACUCACAUUGGAUUAAAUCCCCCUGAGCUAAGGGGACCUGUAAAUCUUGCCUGAUGUGGGCUGUAAACCUUGGCAGGUCUGUAAAGCCUCCCUCUUUGAAAGUAACACGCACACACACUUACACACUCAGUUUCAACAUACACAUUAACACAUGCAUCACUACAGAUUUACAGCCUGCUGUGCACCAAGCCUGUUUUUUUCCUCGCUCUUUCAUUGGAAUCAGACGUGCCAAACCGAGCCGCUCUGCACAUCUACUGUCAAUUUUUACCAUCUGGUGUGUUGUUUGCUUUCUCAAUUGGCCUUUAAACAGACAGACAAACACACCAGAGGCAUUUCAGCCGUUCGUAGAUUUAGGACGUUACGACGGAGCGCUUAACUCAACAACAACAUCAUACAGUACGGUGAGCAGGUUGUUGAUCAGGAAUCACACACAGGUACGCCGCAGCAGUUCAUCUGGGUCUUCAAGGUCAACAUAUUGACACACGCGUGAUUGAAUUUGACCCUUGAGUUACGACACUCGCACCACCAAUCUUCCGUUUUAGGAUCAAUGUGCACUCAUGACCUCUCACCACCUUCUCCACGCUCUGACCCCUCAGGCCAUGGAUGUGGUAGAUGGUCGGCGCCCCCCCUUCCCUCCGCACCACUACAGCAGCAGCGGGGACACACGUGACACGGACACGCAGGCACCUUCGAGCGGUGACUCCAGCCCGUUGCCCCGCCCCUGCAGCUCUGACCACCUCCACUCCCCUGAUGGAAGCCCGUGUUCUGCAGAGGAGAUCGACAAAGGUGUGCCCUCUUUACUCCUCCUACCAAAUCUUACACUACCAAAUUCUCACCUCUGCUUGCAGCUCGGAGGUCUAUUCAGCUCACCUUCUCCAAGAACACACCUGAACUCUCAUUGGUUCAAUUGUGUUAAAGGACUAUAUGUGGUUUAGUAGCAUCAUCAUGUGAUCUCCACUUACUUUAGAUUUUUUGGUAUUUCAUUGUCGAAUCACUCCUUGCAAAAGUCUCACAAUGAUCAUAAAUUGCAUCCAUAAUACUGUGCACAAUAGCUACAACUUCAUCAUCGAUUAUUGAUUAUGAAUCAACUAAUCAGAUGAGGAAUUGCGCUGUAACUUAAAGCUUUUGUGGGUAGUAUUUCACAGCUUAUGACACAGAUUGAAAUGAGCAGUGAUGUCUCUUUAUGACCUGCAACAGCAGACAAACCCGCCCAUGACAAUAGUAAUUUUUAAUGCCUGUAACCUGAGUUGGGGGAACUCUGGGAGAUGGUGUAAGAUGAGACUUUUUACAGCAGGUUGAAAAGAAAGCCCUUUUGUUUUAGUGGUUCUGCAGUAAAUAUCCAUGAUGAGUGGAAAAAUUCUCUGCUAAAAGGAAGCGGGGUGAGAUUUCUUUGUUAGAAAACAAAACUUCCACAUUUACAGGACAAAGCCAGGAAAGCAGUGAAACAGUCAAAAUCAACGCAGACUAAAAGUUUCUCACUGGAGCUUUAAUGGAUCACUGAAGAGGACGCCAUAAAAAAUGUGAAUUCUUUUAAGAGAAAUGAUGAAGCUCAAAAGUGUUGAAGUGUUGCUAUAGUAACAGAAGAGUUUGCACCACUGCUGGGUGAUAAGAAAAGAGGAAGAAACAAAAUGAAGUGUUGCAAGGUCCAGAUUUUUUUGGUGCACGACUGAAAAUGUAGCACAGACAGAAAGGAAGUAACUUUGGACCGUUCAUUUGACUAUUAUGACGGCGCCGCUCCAGCUGCAGUUUUGUUCCGAUGUUUUAUUUAUGUGCCACACUCUGCAGAGAUGGUGAGGAUGCGAGAUGUCUCACUCCUCCGUAAUUUGUUUUGCCACACUCACCUGUUGCUACCCGGUCGCUGUUCUGGAUGCUCCACUCUCUGCAAAGAUAGUACUGAUGUGAGAUGUCUCACUCUGCAGCAAUUCAGCUAUAAAAAACAGUGUCAUAUUUGCAAAAAUAAACCAAAUACAGUGACGUCUUCACUAAGAUAACCAAAGCUGACAUCAAGCUCUCAAUCUGAAUCAUAACUUUGUCUUUAAAGAUAGAUUCUGGAUUUGCUCGUUCAAGUUGGAGUCCGGUGGUGCAGAAACUCCGGGAUUUUUUGUUGUUUUGGACACACUGAAGCUCUAAGGAGACAAACUCAAAGGUUUCUGUUGCUGUUUCUUGUUUGCCUCAUUGUAGCUUUCAGAGCGAAUUAAAUGUCCUUUUCUUCUCUGUGUUUUCAGACAGUGUGUGCAGUUCUCCCCUCCCAAAGUUCGCCACAUCACCCAAACCUAACAAUAGCUACAUGUUCAAACGGGAGCCUCCUGAGGGCUGUGAGAAGGUCAAAGUCUUCGAGGAGAUGGUGUAAGUACUUUUUUGACAUUUUCUUUGAUUUAUAUGUUGCUGAAGAUAAUUGAGUCUUAUUUCCUUCAUCACUGUCAUUCAUGUUUUUUAAUGCACCCCUCACAUGUGACUCUUUGCUCCUGCAGUAAUGUUGAUCUGUCUGAUUGUGGCGACUGUGAAAAGAUUAAACUGUAUGUGCAGUUUUCUGUUUCCAUCUCAUCGACUCAGAGAUCCUGUCAAAUGAUAGAGCAACAAAGCUAACAAGCUUAUUUGCAUUGUGGGUGGCAGGGAUGAGGGCACAAUGGUUUUGUUGAAUAAACAACUUGCUUUUAAUCCAAACACUCUCAUAAAUAGAAAAUAACAGCGAGCUCUCCUCCUUUUGUUUUCAGGUCUGGUAAAUCAAAAGGCUUCCCUCUCUUCUCGUGCCCCGACAAAAACAAGGUGAACUUCAUUCCCAGAGGCUCGGCCUUCUGCCCCGUCAAACUCCUCUGCUCCUCCCUCUUCUCCCCCGUCUCUCCCUCGUCUUGCCCCUCCGCCAACUCUGGUCUCCACGGCAACGACAGCCCAGGGCCUCAGGUGACCCCAGCUCAACCCACUGCACCACUAGCUACCUUUCCGGCCUCCGCAGACUGGAGCACCGACACAAUUACAGGCAUAAACACAAACAACAGCACAGAUAGCCAGAGCCCCGACGCAGACGCGGGGAAAGACGGCUCUGCACAAAUACUCCUCACUAGCUAG